UUUAAACGCGUCCACUCUCAGUCAUUGACGCGAAGUCGAGUUAUCAGCAACGAAGUUAAGACUUGUAAGUCUUAUCGCGCCAAAGGCAACGCAGAGAACCAUCCCACACAACGAGCACGUUUUACACUUUUGUCCUGCCUGCGCCCACGUGAAGAGAUAACAACAUGGUCUCAGAGAACGACGGCAAAAUGGCCCGAGUGAUCAAGAUUCUGGGGCGCACCGGGUCCCAGGGUCAGUGCACCCAGGUGAAGGUCGAACUCAUGGGGGAGAACCGGCAGCUCAUCAGGAACGUGAAGGGCCCGGUGCGCGAGGGCGACAACUUGGUACUUCUCGAGUCAGAGCGGGAAGCCAGGAGGUUGAGGUGAAAACCUUGCAUCUCUGCCCACUGUUGACCACACACAGAAGGUAUCCAAUUUUACUCUUCCUAUGGAUCAUCAAACAAGGAUGGGAAAAAGUAAUACUGCUGAAUACAGUUUAACAUGAAGUUUAACUUCCACCCAAUGGUUUGUCAACAGUGAUAAUAAAUGUUUAAACAAAA